GACUACCAAGGGCGAAUUCGAUGGCGUGAUGGGAAAAUCUCAGAUGAGCGAGGUUCACAAAGAGUUGAAAGAGGCAAUGGCUCAGCUUAAUGCUAUACGGUAUGAGAUUCGAAGUGGUCUUUCCUUCACUGGCUCGCCUCCGGUACGAGAAGUGUAUCCUGAGGAGUCUGCUACUGCUAGUCAUUCUACUACGACCUCCACUGUGACCUCUCAAACCGUGACCACCACAACAACAGCCACAGCAUCUUCCCAAGAUGCUUCCUCACAUCAAGGCUUCGAUGUCGCUGCUCAGAAUUUGGCCUCGGCGACAGCAUCACAAGUCACAGCCACGACUUCUGCAAGCUCAGAUCACCAUGGUCUACUCUCGAGCCAAAUGGAACAGCUUCGUAAGCAAUUCUACGAUCAGGAGAUGCAGCAGAACAGUAAGCCAGGAGUCGAUUUCGUCAAGAUGGAAGUAAACCAUUCAAUCGCUGCCAGACGACCGCAAAGUGCUCCAGACAAGGAAGUCGAUGUUAUACCAGUCUCGGCAGCGAUAGCAAAGCUGAUCCCAGAAAGAACAGGUCCAACGACUGGAUCGGACAUAAUGCUGGAAGCCAUCGAAGAAAUGAAGGUGGCUUCUCAUGCUCUUGUUGUCAUGAAGCAGUACGCCGUGAAUCUUAGUCAGCAGCAACCAGAGCAAGAUCAGCAUCAGCAGGACCAGCAGCAACAGUAGCAGUCAAAAGUUCGUUUUGUUCUCUCCCCCAUUUUCCUCAAAAAGCAGAGGAUCUUUCGGAGCCCUAAAAAGCAUGGAGAAUGCCGUGAAGGACUAUGCGGCAGGACUGGCGGCUGGAUUGGCGACUGUGACCGUCGGGCAUCCAUUCGACACUGUCAAGGUGAACUUACAAGCCCGAAGCCCAGUAGCGCAUGCUAGCGCCAUUCGCUGUGCAGGAUGGAUUCUCAAUCACGAAGGGGUAAGAGGAUUGUACAAAGGUGCUACAUCUUCUUUUGCCGGCAUGGCUGUUGAAGGCUCGCUGCUGUUCGGCAUUUAUUCACAGACAAAAGCAAGAUUGCAGGGAGGAGAGGCAGCAGCAAGAACACCCAAUCUUUCUACUGUGCUGCCCUCCGCAGCAUUCGGUGGAGGAAUUAUCAGUUUGAUACUCUGUCCUACGGAACUAGUUAAGUGUAGGCUCCAGGUUCAAGAGAAGGGUUCUUCGAGCAAAGAGCUGCGAAGAUACUCCGGUCCAUUGGAUUGUGCAAAAAAAACUAUUCACGCUGGAGGGGUUCCAGGAUUGUUUCGAGGACUGUCAGCUACAUUUUUCAGGGAAUCUGUCGGAAAUAUGUGCUUUUUUGCAACAUAUGAGACGAGUCGGUCGUUCAUGCUGUCGCACCUUUCAAAGGAGACAAGUUUAUCUUCCCGGCUACAAGCAAGCUCAUUCUCCCAGACACUCUUCGAGGCUGUCGUUGGAAUCGUUAGCGGGGGAGUAUCUGGAAUGGCGUUUUGGGUAGCAGUUCUACCAUUUGACGUAGCCAAGACACGGAUACAAACGGCACUCGACUUGAGCGAGUCGAGGAGCUUGCUGUUCAACUUGAGAAAGAUCCGGAGAGAGCUUGGCUUCCGAGGUCUUUACACCGGCUUGGGCCCGACUUUGGUGCGAGCUUUCCCAGCUAACGCGGCUGCUAUAGUCACUUGGGAACUUACGGCCAAGCUGCUGGGCUCUAGGCAGCUACACACUCUGGAGAGCUCGCUCGUUUAAUGUAUUGCAACCAAAUUUUUUUUAAAAAUUUACCACAGAGAACUCGCAUCAUUUCCUGCAUUGUUGUCAAACAUUCCACAAUAAAGACAAGAAGCUCACAAAAUCAGGGGCUGCUGAUUGUGAGUUAAUUAAUAAAUUUAAAUUCCAAUCA